GUAGAAUUGCACCGCACAUGACAGGCAGCAUACUCCCUCCGACAAUUGACAGCCCACACCUUACCGCCCCUUCAACGACUCACUUGGCCGUCGUCACCGCAAUCUCAGUCAACACCGCACCCGCCGACCGUGCUUAGUCGCCUCGACGGACCCAUUUUGAAUUUCUAGACGCGACUUCACGCGUCAAAGCGUCUGGAGAGACUAUACAAGGCUGUUGAUGCCCUUGUAGCCCAGUCUCGCCAUGGCUGCAGCGCGUCGACAACAUUCCAUGCAGAUUUUUCAGGACCCUGUACAGCCUCACGACCACCACCAAGUAAACGCCUUUGAUCCACGCGACCUCGACGCCUUCACGUCCAUCACCGACGUGUCCAACAACUCAAACACCCUCCUCGCCCCUCCCGCAUCCUUCACCGCCAAAGCAUCGCCCCGCAAGACCCGCCAAGUCUCCAGCUCGCCUCCACCCAGUGCCCUUACCGAGAAGGGUCUCAACACGGUCAAGAUACCGCCGCCGCAAGAGCAGUGGUUUCGCACCGACGCGCCCACCAAGAAGGUCCAGGCUGCGCUUUCGCAAGACUCCAAUCCAAUGGUCGGCGAACUCCAGUACUGGUCCGGCUAUCCGUCCCACAUGGAUAAGGAGAACGCCUAUUAUUCUGGCCCCGUAAUGUCCGCCAUGUCAGCGGCAGAGCCACCUAUGAAGCAGGGAAACAAGCGACCACUGAUGGACGCUGCCCCAUUACGCGACCGCACUAACAUGAACAUCACCAAGAAGCAGAAGUUCGUCAAGGACAUCAAGAUCGAAGACGUGGACGGACCGCUACCCAACCCAGACCAAAUGCCCACUGUUGAGGACGACGGCAACAAGCCUUCUUACAGCUAUGCUAUGCUCAUCGGCAUGGCUAUUCUAAGAUCACCGAGCCGUCGGUUGACCCUCGCGCAGAUCUACAAAUGGAUCUCCGACACAUUCGCUUUCUACCGCAAUUCACAAGAGACUGGAUGGCAAAAUAGCAUCCGCCACAACCUCAGUCUUAGCAAAUCGUUUUCCAAGCAAGAACGCCCCAAGGACGACCCUGGAAAAGGCCACUAUUGGGUCAUUAAUGCUGGAUUCGAGAAGCAAUACCACAAGGUCAAGCCUGUACGCCGACCGGCACCUCCAGAAUCCCUUGCUCCGGCAUAUACUAGUGAUCUCCCGCGUCCUUCCACAUCCAUGUCGGCUAGCUUCCCACCCAUGAGUUCGACAAAGGGAUUUGACUCGAGCAAAUUUCCGGAAGAGGCCGAGCUACCUUCUUCCGAAGCUACCAUCCCUUGCUCUGACCCUGCUGCGCAUGACGGACAUGAUCCUAUUAGCAUGCCGCCGCCCCGUCAGAUGCCAUCUUCGCCUCCACCAGCCGACAUCCACUCAUCACCUCCUCCACCUGUCUCUCGAUCUCGUUCAGUGCGUGAGGACACACCGCCACGCGCCCCACACUUCGCACCCAACAGCCGCUCGGGCGGAUGCCGGCGCAAGUUCAACGGUCUCGGUGACAGCGGUUACUACUCGUCCAUCGAAUCGUCUGCAACCAAGGGUAACCCAAUGGGACCUUUACUCACUUCCGAGGCGGAUCUCGAUCGUCCCAGUCUUAAGCGUGGACGUGCUGAAGAAGAGAUUGCCCGCAUACGUGGCUCCUCUUACGAUUCUCCCACCAAGACUAGGUCUCACAAGCAGUCUGUCAUCUCGUCGCCGGUCCGCCAGGGUACCAAGGUUCUCGACCCUCUUACCCCUGCUAUCGUCUUCAAACGGCCUGCUCUUCCACCCGCUUCCGCAUCACCUAACACUAAUCUACGUAACCACCGUAACAAGAUGCGAGAACUAGUAGGCGGCUCACCAGACAAGAGCCUUGCUAUGUGGGUUGACACUUCCUUCCUUGACAACAAAGCUUGGAGCCCAGCUGUAUCCAUCCCCAACGAAGAGAACGUCAACCUCGUCGGACAUGGUUUCGAGAGUACCUUUGACAUCUUUGGAGAUUUUGGCUACAAUGAGAGCCCCCUCAAGCGUUCAACCAAGCGCCCCCGCCUCGAACGUGCUGUCACCACAAGCGGUGUUCUCGCCGACAUUACUGGCGCGAAGGGGAACAUGGCCAACUCACCUACUCCCAACUGGAAGAUGUCAUCGUCUUUCCUCAAUAUCCCAGACCUAUCGCCUGCCAAGAAGAUGUCGCCCAUUAAGGCCCCCGUGCUGAAGUCUACUGCAUCUACCCCUCUGUCCCAGUUCGCUCUUACCCAGCCUAAGAAAGAGAACGCACACACGGGUCUUACGCCUCCUCAGUCCUUCCAUGUUCCUGCAAAGCCGCAACAGCCACAGCAGGAUGACGAGGACAUCUUCCAUCUAUUGCACAGUGACGAGUCUGAACCAGGUAUUGACCUGCUUCAAGGCUUUGAGAAGAUUGGAGCAAGGACCCUGGCCAUCGCCCCCAACGGAUCGCCCCAGAAGAAGUCUGCGAGACCAAGCUUGGCUCGUAGUUCUACUACUCGAUUCUAAAUCAACUACAACCCCGCCAUCAUGACUGGCUUUUGGCUCAAUCCUACUUUUGUACGCCACCCCCGGAUCUCAUCAUCUGGAUCUGGAUACCUCUUUGUUCGCCAUUCUCGAUACCCCUCAUCUUGCGACUACGUCUUUUAGCUCUUACCUCCUG